AUGCCUGGCACUGCAGUAGACGGGCCAUCAGUGGCCAUGUCAUUUGCCAAUAACUUCUGGGGCAAAGAUGAUUCAGGAGUCAUUCCGUUGAUGGAACGGAUGCAUAAUGCCAAAGUAACGUGUGAUGAAUUGAAAAACUUUUAUAGCACUCGCGCUGCCAUUGAAGACGAAUAUGCCCGAAAGCUUCUUGCACUCUGCCGAAAACCCCUCGGAUCCAGCGAGGCCGGCACACUCCGUAUAUCAAUCGACGUCGUACGGGGUGAAACAGAAGCCGUUGCCAAAGCACAUGCUGCCAUUUCACAACAAAUGAAGGGUGAGCUGGAAGAGCCCCUUGGCGCCUUUGCCGGAGGAAUGAAGGAACGUCGCAAGAUUGUACAGAACGGUAUCGAACGUUUAUUGAAAAUCAAAAACCAACAAACACACACUGUCAACAAGACACGGGACAGAUAUGAGCAAGACUGUCUGAGGAUCAAAGGUUACCUAGCUCAAGGCCACAUGGUCAUGGGACAAGAGGAGCGAAAAAACAAAGCCAAAUUAGAAAAGACACAGAUCCAACUUGCUUCAAACAGCUCCGAGUACGAAGCAGCAGUGAAGGUCCUGCAAGAAACAACCGGUCGCUGGAAUAAGGAGUGGAAGGUUGCUUGCGACAAAUUUCAAGAUUUGGAAGAAGAGCGACUUGAUUUCACAAAGAGUAGCCUUUGGGCCUAUGCAAACAUCGCUUCCACCGUCUGCGUCAGCGACGAUGCGGCUUGCGAACGAAUUCGAGUCUCUUUGGAGAACUGCGAGGUAGAAAAGGACGUCCUCAGCUUCAUCAAAGAACAAGGCACUGGGCAAGAAAUCCCAGACCCCCCUCGUUUCAUAAACUUCUGUCGAGGAGACAUCAACGACGCCAGCUCCGAAACAUCAGAAGAAGAUAACUACUCUGUAGCUCAGUUCCAACGGGCGAUAAACCCAGCUUUCCGCAGCUCCUCUCCACAACCGUCGACCUAUGAGUCCCACCAUGACCCGAGCUCAGACCUGGCUGCUCAAAUGGGGCAUCCCAAUGCUACCACUCCGAAUAGCAGGGAAGCGACAGUGACACCUCAGAAGCCUAGCCCACAGCAAGCCCAGCCCAUCCAGCAACCGCAGAGUCAGCCACAGCCACAGCCAUCCCAGCCAGCACCGCUAGACCUUCGUCGUGGAGGCCAGUUACCGCCAAAUUACGACCCCAACCAACAUGGUGAAAUCAACAAGGUGCCACAUAAUUCUUACCCAACCGAUGGAAUGACGAUGUUUUGCCGAACUGGUCCACCAUCGGAGAGAAGCUCUGCUACAAGUGCAUACCGGCCUUCUAGUCGCGAAGACAACCAGAGCGACAUCUCCAACCCUUCCUCAUUCUCUAGCCAAGAGCCUGCGCCAAGCAUCAAGCAAUCACCCGUCAAACCGGUCAAUGGUGUUUCCAUGCCGGGCAUGACGCCGGAGAAACAAGUUCAGAAGAAGCGAAGUGCCUUCUUCAGUAACAGUCCAUUCCGCCGCAAGAGUCGCCAUGAUAAAGACCGCCAGUCUCAGUCGCACUCCCGUAGUCCGACAAAGAUAAACUACAAGGCGCCAUCACCUGCCGAGGCCCGUUCCGCUAGUCCUGAGCCAGUGGAUCCCAGAGCGAAUUUCCAAUUGAACAUUGGCAAUAACGUUUUCGACGUUGCAUCUCCAGAUAAGAAGGCGCCACCGGCAUCGAAGCCUGCAGAAGAUAAUGUUGACCCUAUUGCACGGGCACUCGCUGAUCUCAAGGGCGUUGGAAAGCCAUCAGCCGGCCGUGUUUCUGCGGAUCGAUACCAUGGUAUAGCAACGCCGGCACCUUCAGCACCGAAUUCUACUUACUGCAAUACAGAUGCUCCUCCACCUUCCUAUAACGAUGCCCCUGUGAAACGCCUGGAUGCUCCCCAACCGGCAUUUACUUCGGCCCAGAUGCAAAAGACGACUCAGAAGUACGUCGGUCAGACGCAGAACAUGUUUGGAGGCUCCAACAACCCCCAACGAAUGCCUACCAGGUCGCAAGCCCAUGCUCAGGACAUUCCUCGUGCCCGGUCUCCUGCUCCAACACUGAGAAGGAGUGCUAGCCCACAACCCGCCCAGGUUGAUACUCGCAUGAGCCAAUAUGGCGGUGGCGGUGGAGGAAUGGCUACUAGCCCAUCUUCAUACCAGUCAAACAGCUACAACAGCCGUCAUGCGCAAUCUCCCUCGGCUAGUAUUAGAGCUGGCAGUGACCGUGGGUACUCUCCACGACAAUAUUCGAGACAUGCCUCCCCCGUUGACGCUGGUCGUCCUGUCUCUCCCCGACCUCACUUUGCUCAAACUAAUCGUCCAUCGAGUGCCAAUGGUAUGGAGCUUCAGCUUUCUGGAAACCAAGUCGAGCCCUAUGGGGGCGGGUAUGAUAACUACGGUGGUCAAGGACGGGACAAUGGCGGCCGACCCCAGUCGAUGUAUUAUGGCAACGGCCCAGACGUUGGCUCGCGGUCUCGUAGCAAGAGCGUAGCCCUCGCUGACCCAAACCGGCCUUUCAGCCGCGAUGGCCGCCCAGUCUUGCAUUUUGCGCGAGCAUUGUAUAGUUACAACGCUGCAAUCCCCGAAGAGCUUGGAUUCUCAAAGGGAGAUAUCCUAGCAGUCCUCCGACUGCAGGAUGAUGGAUGGUGGGAGGCAGAGGUAACUGGAGUCCGCGGUCCUUCUGGACUGGUUCCCAGUAACUAUUUGCAAAACGUUUAA